UUCCGGUCCCAGGGGGCGGGGGCGGGGCCUCGGCGGCGGCCGGCGGCGCCGCGGCCCCGCACACGCGCCGUGCGGCUCCACGUGAGCGCCCGCGUCGCUCCUCCAAGUCCGCGCGAUGCCGCCCGAGCGGAGAAGCCGAACGAAAGCGGGUCGCGGGCCCGGCGCGAAGCCGGAGCGGAAGGUCCGGAAGCGGCCGGAGCCGAGAGCCGGCGAGGGGCCGCGCGGGCCGCCCCGCAAGGCUGCUCCUUCAUCCCCGCGGGAAGCCCCGGCCGGGCCGAGCGCCGCGACCGCUGUAGUCGCCGUCGCGGCGGCGGUGGCGGAGGAGAAGCGGCUCCGGCAGCGGAACCGCCUCACGCUGGAGGAGGACAAGCCGGACGUGGAGCGGUGCCUGGAGGAGCUGGUGUUCGGCGACGCGGAGGCCGACGAGGACGCGCUGCUGCGGCGGCUGCGGGCCCCGCGGGUUCAAGUUCGGAAGGACUCUGAUGACUCAGAAGUGGAGAAUGAAGCAAAAGAUAAUUUUCCACCUCAGAAGAAGCCAGUUUGGGUGGAUGAGGAAGAUGAAGACGAGGAAAUGGUUGAGAUGAUGAACAAUAGGUUUCGGAAAAACCUGAUGAAAAAUUCCAGUGAGAGUAAACUUUCAAAGGAAAAGCUUCAAAAGCGACUUAAAGAAGAAUUCCAGCAUGCUAUGGGAGGAGUGCCUGCCUGGGCAGAGAUGAAUAAGAGGAAAACAUCUUCAGAUGACGAGAGUGAAGAGGAUGAAGAUGAUUUGUUGCAAAGGACUGGGAAUUUCAUAUCCACAUCAGCUUCUCUUCCAAAAGGAAUCUUAAAGAUGAAGAAUUGCCAACCUGCUAAUGCUGAACGUCCUACUUCUGCUCGGAUCUCAUCUGUGCAGUUUCAUCCAGGUGCACAAGUUGUGAUGGUUGCUGGACUAGAUAACUCUGUAUCGUUAUUUCAGGUUGACGGCAAAACGAAUCCUAAAAUCCAGAGCAUCUAUUUGGAAAAGUUUCCGAUCUUUAAGGCUUGUUUUAGUGCUAAUGGAGAAGAGGUUCUGGCUACGAGUACCCAUAGCAAGGUUCUUUAUGUCUAUGAUAUGCUGGCUGGAAAGCUAAUUCCUGUGCAUCAAGUGAGAGGUUUGAAAGAGAAGAUAAUAAGGAGUUUCGAAGUUGCCCCAGAUGGGACCUUCUUGCUCAUAAAUGGUGUUGCGGGAUAUUUGCAUUUGCUGUCAAUGAAGACUAAAGAAUUGAUUGGUAGCAUGAAAAUCAACGGGAGGGUUGCAGCAUCCACAUUUUCUUCAGAUAGUAAGAAAAUAUAUGCAUCUUCUGGGGAUGGUGAAGUUUAUGUUUGGGAUGUGAACUCCAGAAAGUGCCUUAACAGAUUUGUUGAUGAAGGCAGUCUAUAUGGAUUGAGCAUUGCUACAUCGAGGAAUGGACAGUACGUUGCUUGUGGUUCUAAUUGUGGAGUGGUAAAUGUCUAUAAUCAAGAAUCUUGUCUCAAAGAAACAAACCCAAAGCCAAUAAAAGCUAUAAUGAACUUGGUAACAGGUGUUACGUCUCUGACCUUUAAUCCUACUACAGAAAUCUUGGCAAUUGCUUCGGACAAGAUGAAAGAAGCAGUCAGAUUGGUUCACCUUCCUUCCUGUACAGUAUUUUCAAACUUUCCAGUUGUGAAAAAGAAGACUAUUUCUCUUGUUCAUACCAUGGAUUUUUCUCCCAGAAGUGGGUAUUUUGCCAUGGGGAAUGAAAAGGGCAAGGCUCUACUGUAUAGGUUGCACCAUUAUUCAGACUUCUAGAGAAAUUGUUCGAAGUUCAGCUGAGCCACAUGAAAAGAAUAUCCUGAUAAAUCUUAGAAAUUUUACAGAAUGUAUAAUAUGAUUUAUUGGUCCUGUUAUGCCUAUUUAAUAGAAUUGUCUUAAUAAACACAUAACUUCUGUUUGAAAACAAGUGUAUGUGAUUGUUCUUU